AGAAACCUCUGUCUGCAGCUCGGACGGGUGUUUCCGAUAUGAGAUCCGUGAGAAAACUGGAAACGAGUUUAGUACAGCUGUCGGAAGAGCUCGCAAAACGACGCGUGUGUUUAUUCCUUGAAAUCAGCCUUGUGUUGGAAGCUGUAGUUUUGCAUUUCGUUUUAUUAAUGUGAGCUACGCGAAGGAUGAGCAGUUUCGGACGCGUUGACGGUGUCGCAAGUUGGGUCUGGUCUCGGUGAUCUGCGACUCCUGUUUCAUGAUUGCAGCGCGUAGUCCAGCUCAGCGAGUCUUGCACGGCCGAGGAGGAGAAGUUGCCGUCUGUACCGCAGCCCGGCUCGGGUGGAGAUGGCGGCGGCUUCCGCUCCGGGCGGUAGCGGGUCGGGACCCCCAGCCGACCGGGGCUCGGCGGCGCAGCUGCAGCCGACGGUGGCUGUCUGGGAGUGGGCGGACGACCUGGGGUACUGGCGCCCGUACAGUGGCCAAGUGAGCGGGUACAUUGAGCGGUGCCUCCUGACCCAGCGGGGCGGGGGGCCGGCGAACACCAGCAUCUCCCUGGGACAGGCUGACCCUGCCCUGGCGCCCUACAUCAUCGACAUCCCCAGUCUGAAACAGUUUCGCCAAGACACGGGGAAGAUGCGGUCAGUGCGGAGGAGCCUGUUCCCCCAGUGUGGAGCUCUGGGGAGCGGGGUGUCCUGGGAGUGGGCUAAUGACGAGGGCGGCUGGACCCCCUACGAGAUGCAAACAACCAUCCUGCUGGAGCAGAGCUACCAGGCCCGACAGCCCUCCGCGGACCUGGGCCAGCAGGGCUACAGCUACGUCGUAAACCUUGCGGCACUCGUGCAGGUCAACAAGACCACCGGCUUCAGGCGCCAGAUCCGCAGGAAGACCUCCGCGCCCUACCCGGCCGUGGGCUCUGUUAUCCACUCGGGCCCGGCCUGCUCCUGCCUCCAAUGCAUGGCUAACAGCGGCACCGGCCCGAUGCCCAGCCGCACGCGCCACUCCUUCUCCGCAGCUCAGAGCAGCAAACCCAGUCUGCAGGUCUAUGGCAGGGCUCCGGCUGCCAGCCCCACCCCUGCCUACUCCCCCUACCCCAAGCGGCCCCUCUCUGUGGGUAAUAUGUCCUGGGGUGGCCCCUGGCACCCAGUGCCCCCUGGGGGCCAACCCGCAAGAGCCUAUCAGCCCAACGUCUCCAAUGGCUUAAGCAGUAUUCCUUCUGUUCCCGUGCAGCUGAAUGGACCCAGUGGCAUCAACUCAGCCUUGGCAGGUGUGUGGAAGCCAUUGCUUCCAUAUACUGGGCGACUCAUUUAUCCAGGCAUGGCGUCCAUUUUGAUGUCGGCAGCUGGACUCCGCGUUCGCCUCACGAGCGCACCGCCACCCCAGCACCCCUCCUCUGGCAAGGCCAGCAAAUCUCACAGCGCCUUUAGGAAGGCAAAGAGUCAGCCCGAGACAGCUCCGGAGCAGAAACCAGAGGAUGUCAUCCAGAAAUAUAUGGAGAAAGUUGAUGUGCCCCCAGAAGAGGACUGUCUCAUCUGUAUGGAGCGGCUGAGCUGUGCUUCGGGCUACGACGGGGUGUCGGAGAGCCCAUCGGUGUCACCCGGCGCCGUGGGCAAGUUCACCAAGUGUGGGCACUUCCUGCACCUGCUCUGCAUGCUUGCUAUGUAUAACACUGGAACCAAGGAUGGCAGCCUGCAGUGCCCAUCGUGCAAGACAAUCUAUGGAGAGAAGACAGGGACGCAACCAAAGGGCAAGAUGGAAAUCUACCGGAUCCCCCAAUCGCUCCCAGGCCACCCUGAUUGUGGUACCAUACAGAUCAUCUACAACAUCCCACCAGGAAUACAGGGGCCGGAGCACCCCAACCCAGGCAAGCCGUACUCCUGCAGAGGGUUUCCUCGCCUGUGCUUCCUCCCCGACAGCGACAAGGGCAGAAAGGUCCUGGAGCUGCUGAAAGUGGCAUGGACUCGUCGGCUCAUUUUCACAGUGGGCACCUCCAACACCACUGGGGAGCCGGACACUGUAGUGUGGAACGAGAUCCACCACAAGACGGAGAUGAUGUCCAAUGUUUCGGGCCAUGGCUACCCUGACCCCAACUACCUGGACAAUGUCCUGGCUGAGCUGGCAGCCCAGGGCGUCACCGAGGCCUGUCUGAAGCAACCGUGAUCCACUGGGCGGACAGAGGUCAUGGGGUUGAUGGCUGUGAACUGAUAGGAAAGGACACGCGUGGACAGGGAAUACCGCCACUGCUGACCUAUCCUGCUAUUUGCAACCACGUCUUUUGUCUCCAAAUCAGGACUUUCUUUAAGAAAUGAGCCAGUGAGAAAGAAGUUUAGAUUACUGAUGAAACCUGUUGUUCACAACUGUUCAACUAAUAAAUGUAAAAAUGUUCGUGGAACACAUCUUCAGUAGGUAAAAUAUAAAUGCAUAUAUGGGUUGCCUUACAAUGUUAUUAGGUUUUAUAGAUAUGUACAUUAUAGUGUGUGUUCCAUGUUUUUAUACAGCUGUCACGUGUUGAACUUCUAGAAUGGCUCUCCUCCUACCUAUGCAUUUUAACCAAAUGUUUCCCCCCCCCGGACUCCUUAAACUAUUUUAUUUUCAUUAGAGAAAAGGGGGCUUUUUAUGCUAUCCUCAGAAUGUUUCCGUCACUUGAGAUGCUGCUUCACGGAAAGUUGGGCUUGACUAGGGUCUUUUCCUCUAUUGCUCAGAGGUUCAUAGUUCUCUCAGUCAAAGAGCACUUUGUCUUCAGCUACUGUGUCUUGGGCUGAUUCAAUUUGCUCUGGCUCUUAUAAAUGUUUUGCCUUUUCCCUUGUUCAGUCUUGUUUGUGCUGCAAACCCAACUGAGCAAAUUAAUCCCAGCGGCAGUGCAUUCUGUAUGACCUUGUAAAGUAGACAAUGUGUAUAAGUGAUUGGCAGAGUGGAGCGCUGAUUUUGGAUGUGGAUUGGUGAAUUGUCAGUCACUACUGAUAGAUAUAAAAAAACCAAGUGCCGAUACACUGAAUUCAGACAGGGUGUUGAAUAGUCACAGACACAUAGAGGUACAGAUACAUAAAUGUUGUGAACUACUGCAGAAGAUGAUGUAUAAUGAAAAAGCUUUUUUGGAAUAUAAGAUAAUAAAGAUGAAAAGAAUAUAAAAUGGA